AUGUCCGUCGACGAAAAGCGCGUCAAAGUGCUUAGCAUCUUUCAUGAAACGCUCAAAGAGAUCGAAAAGCUAGCUUCCAAGCAAGGCGUUGUCGAAAAGACGGUCAAGGACAUUGUCCAAAGCCUGGUGGCUGAUGGGCUCGUUCAGUCCGAUAAGAUUGGUUCUUCAAACUUCUUUUGGAGUUUCCCUUCUGCUCAGGGAGCUACGCUUCGAAACCAAUUCAGAUCCGCCCAAGAGGAGAAUAGCUCUGUUCUUCUCCGUAUCAAAGAGGCCGAGGACAGCAUACGUUCGGAGCAAGUUAUGCGAGUUCCUACAGUCGAACGUGAAGCGGCAUUGGCCGAAUUUCAGUCUCUCCAAGACGAGAUUUCGAAACUCAGGAGUGAACUGGCGCAGUAUGGAGCAUGUGAUCCCGAGCAGCUUGCGCAGCGACGCACGGCUAUGCGUCUCGCAAAGGAGGCGGCUUUUCGAUGGACCGAGAAUGUCGUUCUCGCUAGAGACUACGUUGUACGCCAGUACAGCUUGAACGCGGAAGAAGUCUCUCAGCACUUUGGAAUUAAAAGCGACUUUGAAGAUCUCGAGUAG